GUCAGUAGAAGUGCAUGUUGCUAAAGGCCUCAGUCGGAGAAUACUCAGCCGAGAACCCCGUCAAACCACCACGGAAAUAAUAACUAUUAACUACUUUGUAAAAGUUAAGAAGACUUCCAAAAGUAACUGAGAAGAAGUUUUUCUGGAGGGCGAGACACAAAAUACCAAACAGCCCAUCACAGUUGUUGGUCAGACAAACUGAAAAGGUGUCCAAUGUCAAACUCAACUUGAUGUCAAGAAAGAGAGAGAGAACAUCCAUUUGACUGCGAGUGAGGACAAGCUAGAGGAUCAAUAGGCGAUAACGCAUUUUAUCAUGUUUUCACAAUAGGACAUUUCGUUCCAAGAAGGGUGAGAUUUUUUCAAAAGAAAAACGAGGAAAUACAGGGCACAGUAAUAGAGAAAUCCUCUCAUUGGAGAGGCAUUGCUGUUGUUGACCCAGUUCGGAUCGAGUGGAAAGAUGGAUGUAGCGGCGGAUCAACCUCGGUGGAUGGCGCAUCACCAUGCCGUCCUGAACGGCCAACACCCGGACUCGCACCACCCCGGCCUUUCGCACAACUACAUGGAGCCUACGGCACAGCUCCUGCCUCCGGACGAGGUGGAUGUUUUCUUUAAUCAUCUGGACUCACAGGGAAACCCCUACUACCAUAACUCCGCUCACGCAAGGGCGAGAGUAUCUUACAGUCAAGCGCACGCUCGUCUCACUGGGAGUCAGGUCUGCCGACCCCAUCUCAUCCACAGUCCAGGGAUUUCGUGGCUUGACAGCGGCAAAGCGGCUCUCUCAGCGGCCCACCAUCAUAACGCAUGGGCCCACUUCAGCAAACCCAGCCUGCAUCCCGCUGGUUCCGGGACUCCGAGUGGCCUCUAUCCGUGCAGCAAUUCUAGUUCGGCCUCUGCUUCCUCGCUAACUCCUGCGUCACAUUCGAGUCCCCAUCUUUACAGUUUCCCCCCUACACCACCAAAAGAUGUUUCCCCGGACCCCGGGGCAGCCUCUCCAACGUCCUCUGGCACCAGAAUGGACGAGAAGGAGUCUAUUAAAUACCAAAUGUCAAUAUCUGAGGGGAUGAAGAUGGAAGGUUGCAGUCCACUUAGAAGCAGCCUGGCCUCAAUGAGCGCCCAGACGCCCUCCACACACCAUCCAAUACCAACAUAUCCCACAUAUUCUCUCCCAGCGGCGCAUGAAUACGGAGGCAGUUUGUUCCACCCUGGCAGCCUGCUUGGCGGAUCAUCUUCCAGCUUUACACCGAAAUGCAAAAGCAAAACAAGAUCGUGCUCAGCAUGCUGCUCAGAGGGCCGCGAGUGUGUCAACUGUGGAGCCACCUCCACUCCUCUUUGGCGACGGGAUGGUACAGGCCACUACCUGUGCAAUGCCUGCGGACUGUACCACAAGAUGAAUGGCCAGAACCGCCCCCUCAUCAAGCCCAAACGCAGACUGUCUGCUGCCAGACGAGCUGGCACAUGUUGUGCUAACUGCCAGACAACCACCACCACGCUGUGGCGACGUAAUGCCAAUGGAGACCCCGUGUGCAACGCCUGCGGCCUAUACUACAAGCUGCACAACGUGAAUCGUCCACUGACCAUGAAGAAGGAGGGCAUCCAAACACGUAAUCGCAAAAUGUCCAGCAAGUCCAAAAAGAGCCGCCGGGGCGGCGAGAGCUAUGAGGAGCUCUCCAAGUGCAUGCAUGACAAGUCCUCACCCUUCAGUGCUGCCUCCUUGGCAGGUCACAUGACCCACAUGGGCCACUUACCCCCCUUCAGUCACGCCGGACACAUGCUGCCCACUCCCACUCCCAUUCACCCUUCUUAUGGCCACCCCCACCACUCCAACAUGGUCACUGCCAUGGGCUGAGGGAAAGGGAUCCAGAGAGAGGAACUGUCAUGCGCAGCUGAUGUUGAGAACUGGGGGAGAAGGAUUUUUGUUUUGAACAGGGUUGAGGGUCAACCAGUGUAUUGGCCUUCAACUUGCUGGUGAUGUGUAUAAUGUUAGAGACAAGCGUUUGGCGUAUAUCUGAGUACAUUGUCUUGCAGUAUAGAGAGGAGGGGAGAAAAUGUUGAAUCUGACAAUAAAUACUGCUAGGAAAGUAGACAGGGGAAUAUUUCUCACCAUUAGGUACCAGCCCCCAUGAUUGGAAACACACACACACACAUAUAUAUAAUUGCACAAAUGAGUAUGUUUGCCACAGAUGUCUCUCUGAGCGCCCCUGUCUCCUGUCCAGAUGCAGUGGUAUGUGUUGAGCUGAUUUGAAGUAACUGUGAAUAUUGUAAAUGUGUGAGAUAACAGGGAUGGAUCAGCUUUUGGUAAAGACAGAAGAUUCUUUUCACACCAUUGGACAAAAUAUAUGCUGGAUUUCUGCACAUGGACUUCUAAUAUUUUAAAGGAAAUUUACAAAAACAAGCAAACAAGAACAUUUAUAAAGCUUAAUUAAACCGUUUAUUAUAAUUAUUUGUUAGUGUUUUUAGAUAAUUUAUUUUCACUUUGAUUUUGAUCUUCUUCUUUCUCACCUGAAACACGAAUAUUGCUAUCACAACUAUAAAUCUAUUUUUAGCUGAAACGCUUUCUUUGAGCUUUUUGACAUUUAGUCCUCAUGACAAAUAAAGAGAUUGAGAUCACUGCUCUAUUCUGCUCCCUUAUUACUCUACUGUCAAGUAAAUAAAAAGGCUGUUUGUAUCCAAUCAGAAUAGAAAGAGAUAGAAAGAGCAACAGUCAUGAACUUGGCUCCAUACAGCUUUCUGUCUUCACUGUAUGUGCCAGCUGAAACCAUCAGCAAGUUCAAUCUGUUUUGGGUGUAUAAACGUUCUCUACAUGUCAACGCAUCUGUUUUCUCAAGUUGUCUUGUUUGGAAAAAGUAUCACUGUUCAUUUAUUUGCUGUGCUUCUGGUCAAUGACAAAGCCUUUGUUGCUUGUUCUGCUUCCUGUACGUUGCCAUGGAGAGGAACUGUUCUGAGGCUUCUUCUCACACACUUGUACCUCUCUCUCUGUGGCGUUUCUGUACCAUAGCCUCUCAUUGGCUACUCUCUCUGCCACACAGACAACCACACACCUGCUUUUAAAACCUGACCCAAACAAUUAUAACUUGACAAUCUAAAUGCCAUAACAAAGAUGUUAAUAAUAAAGAAAAGUGUAAACAUGA